GAUAGAUUUUACAUUUCUAAAUACGUAGCCUCACAGAAAAUCGGGUAUUAUUUUCAAGAUAGGUGACGGAUAUACCCAUGCGGAGGACACACCCUCUACUGGCAACUUUAACCGCUACAGCUUCCCAGGCGAUGCGCAGUCUUGCUCUUGCAGCGCUUUGCUUUGAGAGCACAGCCUAUCCGGUUGACGCGAGAGUAAAGAAGUGCUUUCAGUCACUGGGAAAGUAAAUGGGAUGAAAGCUCAAGUCUAUAGGUCAGCAGGUCUAACAUACAAAGCCUCUUAACUGCAGCAGGUGGAAGGAGGAAGAGCAAGAGGAGGAGGAGGCGCCCUGGACUCCGCGCGGAGUGUGGAAAGACCUUGGUGGUCUUACUUACCUGAGUGAGCAUCAUUCAUAUGCCCGUUUUCACGCCGUGUCUUCAUGAUGGACAGAUGGACAGUGUAAAGAAAGCGUCACCAAGCAAGACAAGGCUGAUCAGCGCGCACAGGACAAGUGCGCAAAUGUCAGCUAUGAGAUUGGAUAGAGACCGAAAGAGUUGGCACUCUUGGGAAAGCUCGAGUUCGGACAGAAGGAGUGCUGUUAGGGCAAUGAUAAGGGAUGUAAAGCGCGGACUACACUGGACUGUGAUUUGCCUGUUCUCGCUUGCGCUGCGCCCGCAGGUUGUGUGUGCAGUGGGCACAUUUGAGGUUCAGAUUCGGCAGUGGCAGAACCCACAGGGCAUUCUCCAGAGCGGACAGUGCUGUGACCCCCAGUCCAGCGGGGGGCAACGCUGCUCGUCAGGCGAUCAGUGUGAGACCUUCUUCAAGGCCUGUUUGAAGGAGUACCAGGCUCGGGUUGCACCAACUGGCACUUGCACAUACGGCACUGGCAGCACACCUGUCCUGGGUGGAAACUCUCACUCUUUACAUCAUCAUGGAAAUGAAGGAAGUGACAGCAGAAAUGGGCGAAUUGUUAUCCCAUUUAAAUACGCUUGGACAAAAUCAUUUUCUCUGGUCAUCGAGGCUUUGGACCAUGACAAUGAAACAUCAGAGGCAGGUCGGGAGGAAUUGAUAGAGCGCGUGCUUCUGUCAUCAAUGCUGAACCCAGGUGAGCAGUGGCAGUCUUUCCGGCAUCACGGCCGAACAUUCACUCUGGAAUACAGGCUUCGGUUCCGAUGCGAUGCCAAUUACUAUGGCCCGCUCUGCAACAAACUCUGCCGAGCACGAGACGACUUCUUUGGCCAUUUCGACUGUGAUGCUUCUGGUAUCAAGGUGUGUAAGGAGGGCUGGACUGGAGCAGAGUGCAGACAGGCGGUGUGUAAGCAGGGGUGUCACCUGGACCACGGCUCCUGUGAUCUGCCCGGAGAGUGCAAGUGUCAUUAUGGCUGGAAGGGUGAUCUGUGCGAUGAGUGUGAGACGUUUCCGGGGUGUGAUCAUGGCACUUGCACUGAACCCUGGAAGUGUGUGUGUGACACUAAUUGGGGCGGCCUGCUCUGUGACAAAGAUCUGAAUUAUUGUGGGAACCAUCAGCCAUGCAAGAAUGGUGGGACUUGUACCAACACUGAACCCAACGAGUACCUGUGUGUGUGUCAGGAGGGAUUUCGCGGCCGCAACUGUGACAUCGUGGAGAAUGCCUGUCUUUCUGCUCCAUGUGAGAAUGGAGGAACAUGUGUUGAAGAUCCAUCAGGUUUCAGCUGUCGGUGUUCGCCGGGGUGGACAGGACCCUCCUGUGCCUCUGCAGUGCAGCAGUGUGACUCCAGUCCUUGCGGUCGUGGAGCCACAUGUCAAGAGACGCCUGAAGGUUUCCAGUGUCUUUGUCCUCCCUUUUGGACUGGCAGAACCUGCCAGCUUGACACUAAUGAAUGUGAGACUGGAGUGUGUGUCAAUGCCCGCUCCUGUCGGAAUCUCAUUGGAGGAUAUUUGUGUGACUGCCUGCCUGGUUGGUCAGGACCAAACUGUGACAUCUGGAACAGUAGCUGUCGGGGCUUGUGUCUGAAUGGAGGACACUGUAAGGACUCGCAGUGUGUGUGUUUGCCGGGAUUCUCUGGUAAACUGUGCCAGAUAGCGGUAAAUGCCUGUGACAGCAACACUUGCGUUAAUGGAGGGCAGUGUGUGGAGCGUCAGGGUGGCACAGGCUUGCUUUGCAGAUGCCCGCUGGGAUACACGGGCACCCACUGUGAGACGGAACUGGAUCUUUGCAAUCCCAACCCCUGCCCAAAGGAGAUGCCGUGCCUCAGCACAGGAGGAGGCUACAAAUGCGUCUGUCCUGAGGGUUACUUUGGAAAUGAGUGUCUGAACCUUAAGGAUCCAUGUCAUGAACCACAUUGUCAAGGAGCAGUGUCAGACCCGAAUGCAAGUGGGUUCAGUGUUUAUAUGGUGUUGGUGGGUGUAUUCGCUCUGCUUGUGGCUGGCAGCUGCUCUGUGUGUGCAUUACUGCUGUCCCGUCUGCACCACCGCCACCGAACCAAAGAACAGCUCCGUACGUCAGCUCCUGACGAUAACGCCAUUAACAACCAGAGGCAGUUCUGCACUCUCAUCCGAAAUCUUGACCACAGUGUGGCCAUACUGCCUCCUGCCCAGACUGUGCCCACCUCAGUGCCCACUGUGCCCAUGCGGUGCAGCGAGGAGAUUGAGCUCACUUUCCCCCCCUCGCCUGCACCUUCUCCAGCUCUAAAACCAGCCCAUGGCCCAAAGCUGGACAUCUGCAACCGCGAACGGGAGAAACUCAACCGUUUCCACUAUGCAGAAAGCCAGGAACUGGAGGUGUGACCGCACUUUGUCUACUGGGAAGGAAUUGGACUUCAUGGUUUUUUGUGAUUGAUGUAUCUUAACCAACCUCUGCUGGUGAACCUUGAACUCUUGAGCUUUGCAUUCUACAGUAGUCAACAUUUGAAGAGGAUCAACAAAAACAAAAAUAAAAGUUGUUCUAAAACUAUUGAACACAUUCUUGUCCUAGGACCAUUUUGAAAACCUUUCUUGAUCCACUUCAAUUGUUGACUACUAGUGAUAUCUGAGAAGGUUCAAAUAUUGAAGGGAAUUACUGACACAAUCAUCUGGAGAAACUGACCGGCAGGGCUCAAAAUUGCAUUUUGACACACUUGAUAGGCAAAUUGAGACAAAUAAUUCUUGUUAAUUUAAAUAUUUAUUUUUUGAUAUAUAUUUUCCCAAUGAUAUUUAACUUUUCAUGCAAGAUUAGACAAACAAAAAAAUGGACCAUUACACCCCAUUCACACGGCAUUACUGCAUCUCUAUUACUUCGAAUGUAGUGAUGUCAAGCAGGGGCGGACUGGGACUAAAAAUCAGCCCUGGCAUAGUAGCCACACCAGCCCACAUUACCACACC